CACGCCUCGGCGCCGCGCGCGUGCAUGCGAGGGGGCGGGAGAUAUUCUCCUGCCACUGUUCGUAAAAAAGGGUGAACUGGCCGCCGCGGUGGUGCCGUCUGUCUCCCAGGGGCUCUCGGUGUCCUGCGCUUGGCCGAGCACCGGCCAGACCCAGCGCAAGGUCUACGACUGGGUGCUGAGUCUCCAAGAGGGGACAUAAGAAGAGCCCAGUUGGAUCAGGCCCAAGGCCUCUCUAGACCAGCCUCCUGUUUCACACAGUGUCCCGUCAGAUGACAGAAGCCCACAGAUGAGAAGACAGAUGAGAAGCCCACAGGCAAGAGGGAGAAGAUCCAUGAGGUGGAAUCUGGGCGUCAAAAACUUUCAUCCCUCAGCAAGGAAAUCCUUUGAUUUUUAAAUAUUGUUGGAGGCUGCCUUGUAGCACGAAUGAAAGAUGGGAAAGGAAGACCCAGCUAGCUGCGAAGCAGGAGACAGCCUUGAGGCCAGACAACUCCUGGCCGCCGCCCCAUUGCCAGAUUUGGCUUUUUUAAAGACAAAUUCUGGGUUACGGCCCAUUUGACCCACGAGUAUACCCCUUAUUUUCUGGCAACAGGAGCACCGGGGAAUUCUGGGAAAGGGCCAAGCAGAAGAUGCUGGUUGAAGACAUCAGGAGCUCAGAGGCCCAGCGCCUGCGCUUCAGGCAGUUCUGCUACCAACAGGCCAAGGGUCCCCGAGAGGUUUGCGGCCGACUCCACAGCCUUUGCCAUCAGUGGCUGAAGCCAGGGAGACUCACAAAAUGUCAGAUUGUGGACCUGGUGACCCUGGAGCAGUUCUUGAGCAUCCUGCCCCCAGAUCUGGAGAGCUGGAUCAGAGAGUGUGGAGCAGAGACCAGUUCCCAGGCAGUGGCCCUGGCAGAAGGUUUCCUCCUGAGCCAGGCAGAGGACCAGAGGCAGGAAGAACACCAGGUGCAAGAACGGUUGUCGGAAGCGGCCACUGACUUCCCUGAGGCCGAGAAGGCUCCAUCAAGCACCAGGCAGAGGCCUCUGUCCAAGGAGAUCCCCAGGCAGGAGGUCAGCAGUGGGGCCACCUUGCUGGGUGCUGGAAUAACACUGCCAAUGCAUUCUCAGCCCUCCCUUCUGCCUGGUGGGAUGGAAGAUGCUUCAAACCCACCGAAGAAGGUAGGGGAGGGAUUGUUGAGAAUGGAGAAUGUGGGGCAGACAGACAACCCCUAUUCCUUGGACACCCCACAAGGGCUGCAAGUGGCCCUCUUUCCUUUGGCUUCUGUCCAAGCAGCUGACUAGAAAGCCUUGAAUCUUGUGAAGGUUGGAAUCUGUCUAACCAGACAGGGAGGUGCCUUUGAAACGCUGGCUUUCAAGUAUGGAGCAGGCAGGGAAGGCCAGGUGAGCUUUGAGGAGGUGGCUGUGCAUUUCACGGAAGAGGAGUGGGCUCUGCUGGAUCUGGACCAGAGAACCCUGCACAGGGAAGUCAUGCAGGAGAAUAGGAGGAAUGUGGCCUUUCUGGGCGACAGUGGGGAGAGGAAGACGGAGGGGAUUUGCAGUGGUGGAUUGUUGGUUGAUGUCAGCUGGAAAAACAGAGGGAACCAUAGAAAGAGCACUGAAGCAAAAGAGAAGAAGAGGAAUGGAUCUUCUGUUUCUCAUCA